AUGACUGCGAGAAGACGACCACCAAGAAGCACGAGUGCACCACCACCAAGAAGCACGACUGCGAGACGACCACCACCAAGAAGCACGGCUGCGAGACGACCACCACCAAGAAGCCCGAGUGCACCACUACCAAGAAGCCCGAGUGCACGACCAAGAUGCCCUGGGACGAUGACAAGAAGGAGUGCUACUGGAAGUGCUACAAGGUCUGCCCCAAGAAGCCCGACCACACCUCGACGACCACCAAGAAGCACAGCACUACCACCAAGAAGCACACCACGACCACCAAGCAUUGCCCCAGGCAGUAGUGCCUCCACGCCGACGGAGCACUAG